CCGGAGAAUCCAGUUACUGGCUGGACUGACAGGCAGGACAGGUGUGGCUUUCUACCCCUCAGAGUUCAAAGGCCUGGCUGGUGCAUCUUCCUGGGCAAGCCCUGCUCACGCCCUUCGAGGCAAAGGCAGAAAAGCCAGAGGAGGCAGGGCCUCGGAUGACUAGGCACACAGGGAAACAGGACGGGAACUUCUGCUCAGGCCCAUGGCCAACAACAUCUAGUUAGGAAGCCUGCAGUUUCAGUCACAGAUUCGGGGGAGUCCUGUGGCUCCCGUGAAGUGAGCCCUAAAGACGAGGCGAGUCCCAAAGAUGAGGCUGUUCAAGCUGCUGAUUUUCUUGGCCCACUGGGGAGUCACCAGGGCUGAACCAGCCUUGUUCACUGAUUGAACAUCUAUUCGGGCAUCUUCCACAUCCCAGGCACUGCUCGAGGUGCUGAGGACACAGAGAUGAACAAGACAGGCUGCAUCUCUCACGGAACUGACAGAGUAGACGGGGAAGGUGGGUGAUACACAAGUCGAUAAGCUCAUUUCAUUAUGUGAGAGUGUUCUGAAGAAAAUAAAACUGAGGGAGGCGAUAACUAGUGACCAGACGGGUGGUGGGGGAUGGAACUUGACAAAAGGUAGUCAAGGAAGGCUUCUUUGAGGUGGUGACCCUUGGGCUGAGGCCUGAAUGAGGAGGACAAAGCAGCCAUGCGGGCAAUGACCUGGGGAAGACUGGGGAAGGCCGCAGAGAAGCCAGAAAGAGGCCCUACGAGGAGAAGGAGUGGGGGAAGUUCUGGCACAUCUCGGACCUGCACCUUGACCCUGACUACAAGGUAUCUGAAGACCCCCUCCAGGUGUGCCCAUCAGCUGGCUCCCAGCCGGUGCCCAAUGCAGGCCCCUGGGGUAACUACCUCUGCGACUCUCCCUGGGUCCUCAUCAACUCCUCCAUCUAUGCCAUGAAGGAGAUCGAGCCCAAGCCAGACUUCAUCCUCUGGACCGGUGACGACACACCUCAUGUGCCCAAUGAGAGGCUGGGAGAGGCAGCCGUGCUGGCAAUUGUGGACCGCCUGACCAGGCUCAUCAGAGAGGUCUUUCCAGGUACUAAAGUCUACGCUGCUUUGGGGAAUCAUGACUUUCACCCCAAGAACCAGCUCCCAGCAGGGAGCAACAGCAUCUAUGAUCAGGUAGCAGAACUGUGGAGGCCCUGGCUCAGUAACGAAUCCAUCGCUCUCUUCAAAGAAGGUGCCUUCUAUGCCGAGAAGCUGCCUGGACUGAGUGGGGCUGGGCGAGUCGUGGUCCUCAACACCAACCUGUACUAUGGCAACAAUGAGCAAACAGCGGGCAUGGCCGACCCCGCUCAGCAGUUCCAGUGGUUGGAAGACGUGCUGACCAAUGCAUCCCGAGCUAAGGAAAUGGUGUACAUUAUUGGCCACGUGCCCCCAGGGUUCUUUGAGAAGACUCGGAACAAAGCUUGGUUCCGGGAGGGCUUCAAUGAGGAGUACUUGAAGGUGGUCCAGAAGCACCAUCAUGUCAUCGUGGGGCAGUUCUUCGGUCACCACCACACUGACAGCUUCCGGAUGUUUUAUGAUGAUACAGGUGCCCCCAUCAGCGUCAUGUUCCUUACACCGGGGGUCACCCCAUGGAAAACCACCUUACCUGGAGUGGUCAACGGGGCCAACAAUCCAGGCAUCCGGGUAUUUGAAUAUGACCGAACCACACUGAGCCUGCAGGACAUGGUGACCUACUUCGUGAACCUGAGCCAGGCGAACGAAAAGGGGAUCCCGCUCUGGGAGCUUGAGUACCGGUUGACCGAGGCCUACGGGGUGCCCGACGCAGGCUCCCGCUCCAUGCACGCGGCGCUGGGCCGCAUCGCCAGCGACCCCGGCACGUUGCAGCGCUACUACGUCUACAACUCGGUCAGCUACGACAGGGAGGCCUGCGACCCGGCCUGCAGCGCCGAGCACGUGUGCGCGAUGCGCGAGGUGGCAUUCGACGCUUACGCCGCCUGCCUGCGCGCCCCCGGCGCCGCGCCCGCGCCCCGGCUCGCGCUCCUGCUCGCGGCGCUGCUGGGCCUGCGCGCGCUGCUAGCGCCGUGACCUCGGGCGCCCGGCCGCCUGGCUCGCCCGUCCCCGGGAAGCACGCGGCCACACCUGCCCGGCGUCGGCAGUGUGAACUGGGAUGGGGCAGCCGGAUUGGGAAAUGAACCUCCAAAGACUCCCGCGCAACCAGCCCCGCCCCCCUCCAGGACGUUUUUCAUCCAAAAAACAAUGCUCAUCGAGCAUCUUA